AAAUGGAGUGUUUCGUUGCUUGAUCAGACAGUGAAUCACACUAUUUACACGAUUUACUGCUCUGGGAGCCGAGACACCUGCGAGCCUACUUUUGCGAUAACAGCGAAGUCAAGCUUGUGUUCACCUGGAAGCCGCACUAAGACCCGUGGGCAGUCCCCGGACCUCACUUUGGAGACCCUUUUGGAGGCAAACAGUGAGUCUCCUACCAGACGAGGGGAGCGCCUGUCGACUUUAAAGAGUCGAUUGAGCGCUGCGCAAAGGUGGAGUGUGAAAAACACCGAAAAGAAAGCAACCGCAGGUGUGUCGGAUGAAAGAACAGGCCGGCAACUAGGAACCGACUUGGCUCGCCAGUGAAGCUCGGAUAAUCACGUUUUUGUGAUGGAGUGGCGUGAGCAAUCCUCAGUCAGCUGCGAUGAAGCGUACUUGGAGGCGCAGAGAUGGAUCGAGGCAGUAACCAAGAAAAAAUUUGGGAGCAACGACUUCCGAUCAGCGCUGGAGAAUGGCGUUCUGUUUUGUGACCUGAUCAACAAGAUCAAGCCUGGCGUUAUCAAGAGGGUUAACAGGCUGCCCACGCCUAUUGCCGGACUGGACAACCUAAACGUCUUCCUCAAAGCCUGCGGGAAGCUCGGACUAAAGGAAGCACAGCUCUUUCACCCCGGAGAUCUGCAAGACCUGUCCACCAGAGUUACAGUCAAGCAUCAAGAGACCAACAGGAGGCUGAAAAAUGUGUUGAUCACCAUUUUUUGGCUGGGUAGAAGAGCUCAGUGUGAACGUUUCUAUGAUGGACCUUACUUAAAUUUCAAAGCAUUUGAAGGAUUAUUGGGCACAGCGCUAUACAAGACUCUCCAGGAAUCAUCCAGCCAGAGAGGUAGCAACGUCAGAGACAGCGGUUUCGGAGAUAGCUGGUACUCGGAGCGAGAGGACUUCUACCAUCUGAGCGGCGGCGGAGGAGGAGAAGAAGGAGGAGGACACAGGAGGGACGACUCCUUGGACAGCUUGGACUCUUUGGGCUCCCGACCCCACAGCAUCUCAUCUGAAGCCACACUCAAAGGCAGCAGCGAGGGUUGUUCCAGUGACACCGAGGCCGACUCCGUCUUCAGGAUGUCUGACAACAAGGAUUCUCUCUCUUACCGCCGGUCGGCAGUCAUCACUCCCAAAUCCAGCACCCAGUUUAACCAGUUCCUGCCCACUAAAGACAAACCUUCAGGGUAUGUGCCUGCUCCGCUGAGGAAGAAACGGGCCGAGCGCAACGAGGACGGCCGGCGCAGCUGGGCCAACCCCACCUACGAGGACGAAAGCGUACUCACCAGACAGCAACCCACGCAAGAGAGUAUCGACGGGAGUAAAUCAACGGGAGAUAUCAACGUCGACCCCGCCAUCGCCCGGAAGAUUCGCUAUGAGGAGCUGCAGAAGUUUCGCGAGCAGGUUAAGGAAAGUGAGGAUAAGUGGCAGGAUGACCUUAACAAAUGGAAAAACCGGCGCCGGAGUGUCAACUCUGACAUAGUGAAGAAGAAAGAGGAAAGGGAGAAGAUAGAGGAGAUUACGUACGGCGGCAACAGAAAGUCCAAGACCUUCAGGGAGAUCCAGGAGGACAGAGAAAAUAAGGGAAGGAACAGCAUUGGGAGUCGCCUUUCAUCUCUCUCUUACUCUGACGACACCGAGGACGUAUUUGAGAGACCUGUUGUUACCCCGCGUACCAGGACCCUCCAGCCCAGAGCCUACACUAUUGACACUCCUUCCCUCUCCUUGGAGUCCUCUAAGCCCUCUUCUAAAGAGGAAGAACCUCUCGCUGCUCCUGAGGCUCCUGGAAGGGCCGCUUCGCCCCCCACCACACGGAGACUUGACGUCGCAGACGGUCCCAAAUCUCCAUCCGCCAUCACUCCAGCCAGCCGUGGCGCUCCCAACAGCUCUCCAGCACCCGAACCUUUGAAGAGGACUUCGUUCUUAGAUCUCACCAGCACAGCCAAGAAAGACGAGCCCACGACUCUCGUCUCCACUCCGAGCUUCGUACAAAAGGUGCCCGAGCCGCAGCGCCCAUUGUGGGGCGCACAGACGAAGGUGGAGGCCCCCUCCCUUAGCUCCCUGCACAAACAACAACCACAGCUCAGCUCAAUGGAACCCAAGCCUCCCGGGGUGUCUCAGGUUUCCGCCUCCCUCCCCAGGAGCUACCAGAGAUCGGAUAGCCUGCGUCUAACCUCAGUUGUCACGCCAAGGCCCUUCGUGGCCCAAACCUCCCGUAUCACCUCUCUUCCUCGACCCUUUUCAAUGGACAACACCCAGAAUCGCGUCAACGGCAACGUUGAGGUUUCUAAGAAGACAUCGGUGCCGAGCCGAUACCACCAGUUCAUGACCUCUGAGGACGAAGCUCACUCUAGCUCAGCACACAGCAGCGAAGAAGAAGAAGAGGAGGAGGAGGAGGAAGAGACUCCAGCAAAGAGCAUCACCCCUGUCCAGAGCGUCUCACCUGUCCCUCCUCACGUCAAGAGUGCAGCUCCCAUCAGCCCCGUUCCAGCCAAAGAAACCAGCCAGGAGAACAGCUGUGAGAUGAGGAUCAGCCUGAACCAGAAGCCAAACAGCAGCAGAGACUUUGGCUUCCAGGCAGAUUGGGAUUCAACAGGAGCUCGCGUCACAUCCAUCCAGCCAGGCAGCCAGGCCGAGAUGUGCAAGCUCCAGACUGGAGACGAGGUGCUGACGGUGAACGGGCACCAGGUGGCAAAAAUGAGCUACACAGAGUGGAAGACCCGCAUGGAGGAGGCUCUGCAAGAGGGCGGCCUGGUUAUGGAUGUGCGCCGUCAUGGCCAGAACAACUGGGACAGAGAUCAACCUUCCCUGCCAUUUAAAAUCCAUAAGACCAUCAAUCUGACCAGUACGGAUCAUCCGAUACUUCUAGGUUCACCUGAAACAAACAAUGUCAAGUCCAGCCUGGAUUUCACUUCACUCACCUCCACCGAAACGCUGUCACCCAAAGAGACCCCGGCUCGCCCGGCUUUCGAAGUGGCUGCAAACGGAGUUAAUGGAGGUUUCCGAGAGGAGCCGGUGACCAUGAGGAACAAAGAGUCAGAGCCCUUGUCUUUGAAAAACUUAAAACGGAGGUCAGAGUUUUUUGAACAAGGUGGCUCAGCGUCCAGUGUCAGUGCGCUGGUCUUCCUCUGUGGAGGACCAGAGUCUGCAAUGCCAGAUAUACCUGUUCCUGCAAUCACUCUGUCUACCAACCGCUGGUCUUUGGACAUAGAGGAGGAGCGCAGAAGGCAAGAGCAAUGGCAAAAGGAACAAGAACGCCUCCUACAGGAGAAAUAUAAGCGCGAUCAGGAGAAACUGAAGGAAGAGUGGCUCAAGGACCAGCAGGAGAUUGUCACCGGGAACCAAGACCAGCCUCAGAACCUGCAGGUGUACAACCACAGCGUCAGCCCACGCUCACCCCUGUCUCCGGUGAGCCUGCCCGUGACCUUUCAGUGGGAAGAGGAGGAGAGAAAGAGGAAGGUGGAGCAGGAGCGCCAAAGGCAGGCGGAGGAGAAGAGGAAGAGGGAAGAGGAGGAGAGAGACCUGCAGCGUCUCCAGGAGGAGAGGAAGCGGAGAGAACGGCAGGAGGAAGAGGAGAGGAGGAAGCGGCUGGCGGAGGAGCUGAAAUUGCAAAAGAAGAGGGAGGACGAGUGGGAGGAGGAGAGGAGGAAGAAGGAAGCUGCAGAGCAGCAGCUCAGAGAGGAGAGAGCCUCCAUGCAGGCGCAGCCGCAGUGGCCUGGUGGCUCCCAUGGCUUUGCCAAUUUCCAGCCUUCACUGUCCUUUACAGACAGGGAAAAAUCCAAAUCAUCCCCCCAGCUUGAUGAAGAGGACAACCCUCAGCAGAAAGGUGUGUAUGGGCAGCCGAGGGGCAUGGCUCAGCGGCUGCUGGAAGAGCAGUUGAGGACUGCACAUAACAGAGAACUCCAACUCCAGAGGGCUUCAUCACUGCUGGAGCUGGAGCGAAGAGACAUACUCCAUGCAAUGAGAUACAGAGAACCAGAGAGAGUGACGGGAAGUGCAGUCGGCGACAAGAAGGGUCAGCAGUCCCCGACGCAGGCCGAACUUGAGCGGCAGCAGAUCCUCAACGAGAUGAAGAAGAAGACUCCACUGCUGACGGACGGAAGCUGGAUCCGCCAGAACUCCACCAGCGCCACCACCAAGAAGGAGCUAGACAUGCCGUCCAUGCGCAGGGGUGAGUCUCUUGACAACUUGGACUUCAAGUCUCGGCGCUCAUCAUGGACUACCAGAAGCAACUCUUAUGUCCAAAACUACUCUCGGCCUCAGUCUGCCUUAGCCGGUAGCGAUUUCACUUACGGUGGAAAAUCAGGAUCGUGGCGGGCUGGGUCUUCCACUCUUCCAUCCUCCUAUUCCCUGACCUCCCUCCGAGGCAGGUCAGCGACCCCCUCGUCCCCUUGGUACCUGCAGUCGCCUUCCCCCUCAUUUUCUUCACCUGCAACCUCUCCAGAGCCCAUUCCUGAGACAGAUACCCUUCAGCAGCGGAGCAGGUCAGUGAGUGGAAAGAAAAUCUGUACGUUCUGUGACAACCCGCUGGGAAAGGGAGCAGCCAUGAUCAUCGAGUCCCUCGGGCUCUGUUAUCAUUUGGGGUGUUUUAAGUGCAUCGACUGUAAGUCUGACCUUGGAGGAACGGAAGCUGGUGCUGAAGUCAGGAUACGAAACAAACAGCUCUACUGUAACUCCUGCUACAUGCGAUUCAAAACCGGCCAGCCAACACAUAUGUGAUGUGACUGUUCUCCAGCAGAUUGAUGAAGAGACUACUUGCGACAACAACCCAUGAGCUUUAAAGAGAACAUUGAAGCCAUUAAAAAUAACCUGGUUUGGACAUAAUGCCAUUCAUGACUCUAGGAAACACCGGGAAGCUCCGUAAUGAGAAUCAUAUGUGUUUUGACAGUGCGUGAUUGAGGGGACAAGCUUGCAAACAAGUUAACUACUUUUGUGUUUAUAUCGUAUUAAGUAUUACAGCUGUACAAAGUGUAAGGGUUCUGCAUGCAUGAGUUUUUUUUUUUUUUUUAAACGUUUUAGUCAUGAAACUAGUCAAGAAAUAAAAUGAUUCCAGGAGAAAAUCCUUCUUCUGACCUUCACUUAUAAAGAUUUUAUAGAUAAUGAGAGAGAACCUGCAGUUUAAUCUCCUCUUUAUCAUGCUUCUUUUUCCCACUGUAUUUUGUGGUAUUAACGUGUUUGUCGACCAUGCUAUUCUUAUCAUGUCUACGUGCCUUUUUCGUUUGUAAUGGGGAGAAGUAAUUAAAAUUAUUAGGCUUAUAUUUAAGAAAACAAAUGUCUGCUUGGAUAGCACUUGCUAAGUGAUGAACGAUGGAAUGAUGACAUUGAGGAUACAGUAAUAUUGUAAAUAAAAUGACUAAAUGCUC